CACUGCCGGCUCGUUGUCGGCGAGUAGCUCAGUAGUCGUCUGUCUCUCACGGUGGGUGCACGCUCUUCGACCUGCUCUUUGUUUGGCCUUACGAUAACUCAAAAUGAAGGUUUUCGCCACUUGUAUCACUCUGCUUGCUCUUUCCGGCGCCGCUUAUGGUAUUCAAUGCUUCGUGUGCAAUUCUAAAAUGGAUUCUGCCUGCCAAGAUGAAUUCAAUUAUGAUUCACCUGCCUUGCAGGAAGCCUUCACCCAGACUUGCGACAACGUAACAGAAGCCUUCUGUCGCAAAAGCAAAAUUUACCUUGAUGCAGUUAAAGAAGUCCCCAGUGGUGAAGUUCGUGUGGUGCGAGAAUGUGCUUAUCAGAGGCGUGAGAUCUAUGACUGCUACCAGAAACGCUCGGAAGAUUAUUAUAUUGAUGUCUGCCAAUGCGACGAGGAUCUGUGCAAUAGCUCGCCAGUUCUCACCCUUUCCCUGGCAUCUGCUCUAGCUGUAACUCUUCCGUUCUUUGCUAGGUUCUUAUAAGGCCAUGGGAGCAGUGCUGUACUAUAGCUUAGGGAACAGAGUAGAUCUUUUUGUCUCUAAAAUGAAGUACUAAAAUUCUCCAAUCCCAUUCCACCUUUCUCUCAAACUUUGCUUGUGGCCUUCCUUUUCCACAUUAUCUCCUCUAUACUAUAGAUUCAAUAUAUGUGUGUGUGUAUAUAUACAUCUAUAUAUAUAUAUAUAUAUAUACAUACGUAUAUAGCAUUUAUAUAUGUUCAUGUGUAUAUGAAUGUACAAUAUAUGCAGAUAUAUGUAUGUGUAAUGUUAAUCCAUUGUAUGAAGAUAUAUAUGUACAGUAUAUUUAUAUUCCCACUACUUUUUUCUACUUAAUCUUUUGAACUUUACUAUGCACCUUUAGUAAAAUCAAGUUUGCAUCAUUACGAUGCUUAAUAAAAAUAUCGGUAUUCUACCGAUAUUGCUGCACAUCUUUUUAAAUAGAAAUGUUGUACAUAUGUGUACUCGGUUGAAAGACAUUGUGGGGAUUGAAAAAUCUAGAAACAAGAGGUGGGUGUCCUGUAGUCACAAGAAUUCUGCAGUUUGUUGAAAUUAUCAUAUUUUAUAAAUUGUAAUUGCAAAUCGUUAUGUAAUAUACAAAGAAAAUGGCUGUUAAACCUAAUAAUUGUUUCACAUAUAUAUAUUUUAAAUAAUUGUAAUACAUACAGUAAUAUAAUUUAUAAAAUGUUGUUGAAAUGUGAAUGCAUUUUUUUAAAUAAGUGAUGACCAUUUACUGAUAAAUGUAAUUGUUGCAUACAUUAAUAGAUUGCAAUGGUGGUAAAUAAAUUCCUUAAUUUACUA